UGUGGUUAAAUUUAUUCACCCACCCACUCAAGGAAAUAAUUUUUAAACUUCGACGCCCGAACAUGUGUAGUAAUUUUUUUCAGAGAAUAACGCAGAACCUUGCAUUGGGGAAUAUAAAACCCCCAUAUGAGAGCACAAAUAAUGAAAGAGAUGCAUGCAAUUCCAUUGAUUGGAGCAAUAUAAAAAUUCCGAGGAGUGCCAGCAGUGUGUUAAAAUUAUCUUUAGAAAUUCCAAAUAAUUCAGUGCAAGUGGACAAUUCCACUCAAUGCUACUGUAAUGAUGCCCAAAAUGGAAAUGAUAUCUGUGGAGACGAAAUUUGUGAGGAAUGGCUAUCGAAAUUCAAAAAAGUGGCGGUUAGAAAAGCCAUAUCAAAUGGGAGUGAUUUUCCGAGUGAGGAAGAGGACGAGAGGCUUGAUGUUGAGUGCACUCUGGCAAUUAUUAAGCCAGGUGCCCUGGAGUAUAGGAAUUCAAUAAAAAAAAGAAUCAUCGACGCGGGUUUCGAAAUUUGUGGUGAAAGAACUGUGCAAUUGACCACUGAACAAGCCGCGGAAUUUUAUUAUAAAGAAUAUGGUAAGCUACAUUUUCCACUCUUAGCGGUUCAUUUAUCAUCUGGACCUAUCGUCGCUCUUGUCCUUGGGAGGAAUGGAGCUAUCAAGGAGUGGAGAAGACUCAUGGGGCCAAAAGACGUGAAGCAGGCGAAAUUAUAUUUUCCGAGUAGUAUUCGAGCGUUAUACGGAGAAGAUGGAGAUGAUGUCGAGAAUGUUGUUCAUGGAAGUCGAACAAUCGAGGACGCGAGGGAUGAAAUUUGUUUUUUCUUUCCCAAUUUCGUCGUCGAACCGAUUAUCGAACGAGACUAUAUUCCAGAUUAUUUCCGAAAAACCCUAAUUCCUACCCUAAUUAAUGGCCUCGCUCAGUUAAAAAUGGAUAAACCUAACGAACCCCUACUCUGGCUAGCUAAUUGGAUCCAGGAUAAUCACCCGGAUAAUCCGAAAAUAUCGAAAUAA